GUAGGGCAAGGUAGUUACGCGCAGCAGUAGAAGGGGAGGCGCUUGAACGGCGCGGCGACCUCCUUCUGCUUGGCGCCGCCCCAUUCGGUCGCCCACUCCGUCCGCGUGAUGAACAUACGGUCCUUGCUGUGCUGCUUCUUCCCCAUCUCCGCCUCCCGAACUGAAACUGCACACUAUACUUCUGGUAAGACCACCGCCGGGGGUUUCGCCGGUGAUGAGGGUGAAGGCUGGCGGGCGGCUCGACGGCGGCAAGCGCGGGUUUGCAAUUGGAUCGGCAGGUUGGGGGAAGAUGCGGCUAGUUCGUCAGCGGCUCGGCGCCGUGUUGGAAUACGGCUCGAGCCGCCGCCGCUCUAGGUCGGUCCGAAACAGAUUGGGCCGGGGCCGGGGCCGGGGCCGGAAGUGUCACGCGGCCCAGCGCACGCAGCGGCGAAACGAGUCGAGUCGGCUCGAGCAGCAACAGAGAGAAUGGGCGGCGGCGGCGGCGGGAGCCCGGCAGCGAGCGGCAGCGGGAGCAGCAGCGAAGAUGACGGGGACGCCGCGUGGAAGGCGGCCAUUGACUCCAUCGCCUCCGUUGGGUUCGGCGUCCCGUCGUCCAACGGUGUGGCCAAGGCGGCCUCUGGCGGCAGCGGCGAGGCGGACACCGACGCGGAGCUGGAGCAGCCGCAUGAGGGGAAGCCACAGGCUCCUAGGCUUAAGCUUUACCAGAUCAAGGUAAGAAAUAUGUUGGAUGCUAUGUUAGAAAAAAAUAUUGAAAUAGUCAAAGCUCCUUGCUUGAACUUAACCGACCCUACGGAAACAGAAGGAGUAAUAAAGUUAUUUAAAAAAGCACCACCUGGUAUUAAAAUGGAUUCUAUGGAUAAACUGCAUGUACAACUCAAGAGACCAAGAAUUGUGCCUGGUGAAGAGGUCGAUGAAAAAUCAAAGAAGUUCAGGCAUAUGCUCCGGUCUGUUGUUGUUGAUGGCAGUGACAUCCUUGUUUCUGCAAAGAAAGCAUCCCAAAGAUCAUUGACUAGAUUAGAAGCGAGAGAAGCUGCAGCAAAGGCAAAAGCAAAGAGGGAGGAAGAAAGGGUUCAGGAAUUGAAGAAGGUUAGGGGAGAGAAAUGGCUUCCUUCUAUUGCUAGACAAAUGAAGGAAGAAAAGGCUUGGGAGCAGCGAAGGCUAUGAACUGCGGAUCAAUGGCGCUGCAUACACUGAUCUUUAACUCCAGCUAUCCUGGUGCCCUUAAGUGGCCAAAAGUACUGUGCCCUACAUUUGACGAUGUUGAUAUGAUCAAGAUAGAUUGUCAUACUGUAAAUUUUUGGUCUAAUUGAGAGUGCCUAUUUGUGUACCUUUUGCAUGCAAGUUCUGUAGCAAAGUUUGCGGUUGACAUUCCAGAAUGUAAUAUGGUAGCAAUCUCAACCCUAUUUGAAGAUGCAUUUUGUU